AUGGCGACCUCACAUGCUUUUCCGCCUGAAGAAAGUUUUCCCCAUCCAACACCAACAAAUUUUCAAUCACAACAAAAUACAAAACAGGCCGUAAUUUAUAACAAGUCGGGUACAAAGUGUAUGAAUAUCGUGAAGGAGCCUGGAAUGUCUCUGUCUCCGACUUCACCGUCUACAAGGGAACAGAAUGAUUCCUCUCCCUCUCAUAACCUUCAGAAUAAUAACGAAGAACCUGAUAUUCAAGCGAAUGGCUCACAUAAUAAUCAUAUAAAGGCUCAUCAAGAUUCUAUCGCAAAUCUUGAUGAUAUUCACCACAAUCAUCCUCAUCAUAAUCAUAGUCACAAAUCCCGUAAAGACGGUAUCUGGAAUACCAAUAAUAACGAAGAGCGACAACGAAUAAGAGAAUUCUGGUUACAGUUGGGUGAAGAGGAAAGGAGAAGUUUAGUAAAAGUUGAAAAGGAAGCUGUGCUAAAAAAAAUGAAAGAACAACAAAAGCAUUCAUGUUCUUGUUCUGUAUGUGGCAAAAAGAGGACCGCUAUUGAAGAAGAGCUGGAAACACUUUAUGAUGCUUAUUAUGAAGAACUAGAAUCUUAUGCGAACCAACAACAGCAAUUCGGCCCCUCAAAUAUCGAAUAUCGAAAUGAUUCUGCAGAUGAGAAUGGAAGCGAUACACGGAGGGAAAUCUUUAAUUUUGGUAAUAGUUUGACCGUAAAAGGAGGCAUUUUGACCGUAGCAGACGAUCUUUUAAAAAACGACGGUAAAAAGUUUCUUGAAAUGAUGGAACGACUUGCUGAACGAAGGAUGCAACGAGAGGAUGAAGCAGCAAUGGAACAACGUGAUUAUGAAGAAUAUGAUGAUGACGAUGAUGAGGAAUACGAAGAUGAUGCUGAAGAAGAUAAUCAGACAGAUGAGCAACGUAUGGAAGAAGGUCGACGGAUGUUCCAGAUAUUUGCGGCACGAAUGUUUGAGCAGCGGGUGUUAAAUGCAUAUCGAGAGAAAGUUGCUCAAGAACGGCAACAAAAGUUAUUAGAGGAAUUAGAGGAAGAAAAUCGACUAAAAGAAGAACGUGAGCUAAAAAAGUUAAAAGAGAAGGAGAAAAAGAAGGCUAAAAAUAGGGCAUUGAAACUACAAAAAGAGGAGGAACGUGCAAGAAAAGAGGCCGAAAGACUAGCUGAAGAGAAAGCAUUACGUGCAGAACGUGAUAGAAAAUUAGAGGAAGAACGUAAAAAGCGUGAGGAAGAACGCCUAAAAAAGGAGGCAGAUAGGAGGGCAAGGGAAGAAGAACGACAAAGGAAAGAAGAGGAGAAAAGGCGAAAAGCAAAAGAAGAUAAAGAGAGAGAAGAGCGCAGGAAAAAAGAACAAGAAGCUAAAGAGCGUAAGGAAAGAGAAAGAGAAGAAAAAGAGCGUAAGGAGCGGGAAGAAAAGUUUCGAAAAGAAAAAGAAGAACGUAGACAGCGUGAAGAACGAGAGCGUAAACAACGUGAAUUAAAGGAGAAAGAGCGCAAAGAAAAAGAGGAACAAGAACGCAAGGAUCGUGAAAAGAAAGAGCGUGAAGCAAAGGAGCGAGAGCGAAAAGAGAAGGAGGAACAGGAGCGUAAAGAUCGUGAAGAGAAAGACCGAAAAGAGAGAGAAGAAAAACAAAGGGCUGCUAGUGUUCCUCCAGUAAGGCAGCAGCAUCAUGAACGAAAGCGGACAAUUACACCAAUUGGUCAACCUUCUGCUCAGACACCACCACCACCAACGAUAAGACAACCCGUUGGAAUUAUGAAUGGUCCCACAGGAAUGACAAAUGAAGUUGUUAAUGAUGUUUUUACGAACAAUAAGAAAAUAAUAAAUCCACCACCACAAGGAACGAACACUUUACAGGGAAUAAAUCCUACAUCAUCCUUAUUUGCAUCUGGUUUGGGUCCAAUUGGUAUGAAUGUUCAUCCACAUCAUGGAGGGCCACCAGUACCAAUGCACGCUCAUCAUCAAGUUAUGAGACAAAUACCACCUCCUAGAGGUUUUAAUCCGAUCGCACCAACACCACAUUUAGCCGGUCCUUCAGGAGUACCGCCAUCAGUGGCUUCUACAAAUUUAUCAUUGCUUAAUGAAAAUACUGUAAUGAGUGGAAGUGGGAAUAUUGGCACGGGAGUAUCAGGAAAUCCACAAACUGGUGCAUUUGGUGGGUUGCCUAUAGGUGGAGGACAAGGUUCAUUAGGACCACAGACAUUUAAUUUAGGGACACAAGUCGUUAGCCAACCACCAGUAUCUCACAUGGUAUCUAAUGUUCCUCAAAGCACACCAUUAGCUCCUAUCGGGCAUCGUCGUAUGUCUCAGCAUCCAGAAGAUUCACAUGUAAAGACCAUACAUAGACCCCAACCGAUACAACGUCCAAGAAGAAAUUCUGGUACAGGACAAUCACUGGAUGCUCAUACGAACACAAGAUCUCCGCCACCAGGUUUUGGUAAUAUGGUCGGAUCCAAUGCUUUGCUUGGUGAAGACCAACCUCAUCCAAUGGUAAAUAGGAGACAGAGUUUAGCUCUUGUUGAAAGUUCAUAUUUUUCUAAUUCGUUAUUUUCUACAGCAAUGCCCGGAGAGUCAAAUCCACCGCAAUCAUCACCGAAUCAACAACAGCAACAACACGGGACAACUCGUUUAUCACACCGAUCUGUUGCAAGUGAGAAUGAAUGGCCUCCAAUACGUGGAAGACAAAAUGUAACAGAUAAUCACGUAGGAGAAUCAUUACCAAUGAAUGGUGGUAAUAAUAAUGUUGGUAGUAAUAAUAUAGGGACGAACGACAUAUGGGGAUCAAAUUAUGUUGGUGGACAGUCGUUGUGGUAUUCGGAAGGUAAUAACCCUGCAAAUCGUAGGGCAGUGGGUUCAAGAGACUUUAGUAUACCAUAA